UUUGCCUCUUAUGGUUAUCAUCCACAAGUCGUGGUGUGGAGCUUGCAAAGCUUUAAAGCCAAAGUUCGCCGAAUCCAAGGAGAUCUCGGAACUCGCCCAUAAUUUUGUUAUGGUCAACCUCGAGGAUGAUGAGGAGCCAAAGGAUGAAGACUUUAGUCCCGAUGGAGGUUACAUUCCCAGAAUCCUUUUCAUGGACCCCAGUGGAAAAGUCCACCCGGAAAUCAUAAAUGAGAAAGGAAACCCCAGCUACAAGUAUUUCUAUACCAAUGCUGAUCAAGUUGUCCAGGGGAUGAAGGAGGCCCAGGAGAAGCUAACAGGUGAUGCUUUCAAACAAAAACACCUGGGAGAUGAACUCUAAGGAACCCGCUGCAGGAUGCAUCACUUCAGAACUCUAAAAGGAAAUGAUUAAACAGACCAAGAAUGUAGAGGCACUGGAGGGACACAAUUCUCCCAUCAACAGUGUUAGGUUAAACCCCGUUUGGAGUUCACACACAUGCAUCAGUUAGUGUUAGCUCCUCCUCUCCCUGGCAGUUCAUACUGUAACGGUUAUUUGCAACUAGGUAAUGUGCAAACACAUCUGUUUGUGUGUUUGAGUAACCACUAAUAUGUUUGAUGUUAACAGGGAGGUGUGUAGGGCAAAACAUUAUUUGAGGACAAACAGUGUGUUUGGAAUAACUAGAAGCAGCCAACAUUUUGACACUUAAUCAGGGUUGGAUCCCUCUUUUCUCACUGGUAUUAUGUGAUCCCACUGUUUUUACUAGGGAUUCCUAUGAAUGUUUCUGGGCCAGGUGUUUUCUAGACAUCCCAAGCCAUGAAUUCUGCCACUAAGCCAAGUAGAAUAAAUUUAAUGAAUGUCCAAGUAGCAUGUGAAAUUAUUAGCUCUGCAAACAUAUUUUUGUGUAAAACGGUGUGUGAUUCAUUUUUAUUUGCCCUUGGGCAGAAAUUUCACCUUUUCCUUGUGCACUCACCUUAUGAUUGUUCUAUCAAGUGAGGGGUGGGUUAUGUUGAAGCUUUACGGGGUUUCCCCCUUUUACUCUUUGAAUGUUUUUUGGCGGAUGCCUUGCCAUCACAUUGUACUGUAUUUUUGUACCAGGGUGAAAAUUAAACCUUUUUAAACAUAAGCCUGCAGCCAGUGUUUUGUGGUAAAGGGCAGAGCUUGCCAUUCUUAAGCACGGGGGAAUAUAUUUUUGUUUAUGUUGCAGGGGUUAUUCAUGGUGAAUGUCACAGCUGAAGGUUUCUCCUUUUUAUAAUUAAAAACCAAACAAUUGCUUUU